AUGCCACCUAGACGCGCUCCAUACACAUCAUCUGCCUAUAUCAGUGAACGACAGCUCACUACAAUGGCAAAGGGAUACAAGGAGCUCAAGACGCAACAUGUCUCCGGACACGUGGGGAGCUCGCUCUCCGACAUCAACAGUGUUUCUCUCGCAAUGCCUUUGACAAUCCUUUUAUGGUCGGCCCUACAAUCGCGCAUGCGUCAAUUCACGCCAUACACUGCGAGCGCGUUCUUAAUCGAUCUUGUACUGAGUUGCGGCAUAACGCUCGCCGCGACGACAGUUUACUCAUCCUCCCCAUGGCUUUUGAACGUACUUUUGGUGGCUCCAGCAGCCAUGAUAUUCUUCACCAACUCAAGACCGCCAAUACCUAGACGAAGCAGCAUACGUCCACCGAAGAAAAGUGACGACACAGAGCAAGCAAAGCUGGACCUGCUCCCGAUCAAACCUUUCCUCACGAACUAUCGUGGGUCCAUGAUGGUCAUAACUUGCAUUGCGAUCCUAGCUGUAGACUUUCGCGUCUUUCCACGUCGCUUUGCCAAGGUGGAGAACUGGGGGACAUCGUUGAUGGAUAUUGGAGUAGGAUCCUUCGUAUUCACAGGCGGCGUCGUAUCCGUCCGAUCGUCUCUGAAGACCGAGAGCGGAAAGCUGCCGCCUCUUUCCAGCAGGCUUCUUGCGUCCUUGAGACACGCUCUCCCUCUGAUAGUCCUCGGAACGGCCCGCCUAAUAUCAGUCAAGGGUCUGGAUUAUGCAGAGCAUGUCACAGAAUAUGGCGUGCACUGGAACUUCUUCUUCACGCUUGGAUUUAUACCGCCCUUUGUCGCACUCUUCCAGUCGCUUUUUGCUCUCGUACCAUCGUAUGCAGUUCUUUCCUGCGUACUAGCCUUCUUCUACGAGAUCGUACUUGACAAGACCAACCUCAGGGCGUUCAUCCUUACUGCUCAACGCACUGAUCUCCUCUCAAAGAACCGAGAAGGCAUUUUCUCCUUCUUUGGCUACUUGGCCAUCUUCCUGGCAGGACAGUCUCUUGGCACAUAUGCCCUCCCCCGGCAGGUGCCGCUCGCCAAAGAUGCUUCGAUAAUAACGUGGCUUCGGCACUCAAUCCUAGGCAAGCUCAUCGUAUCCUCCGCCCUUUGGACCGCCCUCUUCUUCUUUUCCACCAGCUAUUAUGGUCUUGGCCUUGGCGUCUCACGGCGUCUCGCUAACUUGCCUUACUUCCUUUGGGUGUGUUCGUUCAACAGCUACCAAAUCGCAAUCUGUUGUGCUAUCGAGACGAUUGUGUUUCCCGACAUCCAUAAAGCUACGCUAAGGGAAGAGGAAAAGCAGAGGUGUCGAGAAGCGACAAGCACUAUUCUGUACGCUAUCAACCGGAAUGGGCUGGCGGUGUUCUUGCUGGCAAAUCUCCUCACAGGUCUUGUGAAUAUGACGAUGCCAACGUUGGACAUGGGAGUAAUGAGUACUAUGGUGGUAUUGGUGGCAUACAUUACUUGCAUUGCCGGGGUGGCGGUCGCUUUGGAUCGAGCCGAUGUUUCUAUCAAGCUCUAG